AUGGAAAAUAAAAGGCUGCUUUCUGGCCAGAUAAACAUAGCACGUAAGCUGAAGAUUACAAAGCUUGCAGAAGAAGACAUCCAAAUUAUAUUUAUAGAAUCAAAGGAAGAGGACCGGGUUCAUACUGUUCUGCAUGGGGAAAAGGAGGUAGUGAAAUACAUAAGGGAAUUCUUUAACACCUUUAUUAGCAUGUUUCCAUCGCAUAACAAUAAGCUGUCCAUAGAAUCAAGCAAUCAGCAGUCUUUUUAUGCAUUUCUGCAAAACCACAGAGAUACUGGUAUUGACUACAGGCUGCUUGCGUGUCUCUUGCUUAUUUCCGAGGGAGUUAAUGUUCCUCUUGCAGUUAAAAAUAGCAUGGAUAGAGCGGAUAUUGUUUUGUGCAAGGCCAAUAAUACAGAGGAGUUAUUUCGGAUUGACAUAGGGCCAUUUAGCAACGACAACACAGUGAAAAAUAUAAUUCAGUUCUUUAUAAGAAAUAGAACCAACCCAGUUCUACAGAAAGAAAAGUUUGUAGAGCCAACCACAUUGGAAGACUACAGGACCGGGCGGUUUAUGAACAGUCCAAAGUUUCUCAUUGAGGGAUAUAUAAACAUGUACAUAGACACAGUGCCAAAUGCGCACUCUUUUAUUCAAACUGUUCAUGACCUGCUGCAGGAGUGCAUGUCAAGCAAGAAAAAGAAGAGCCCAAACAGUCUGUACAGAGUGGCAGAGUCUGUGUUUGACAGAUAUUUUGAUUCUUUUCCCGAGCUGCCAGCGCAGGAAACAGAAGAGGGGGCUGGCACUAGUACUGGAGCUGGCGCAUGCAUAGAAAAAGAAGAAACGUGCCCGUCUAAAAAUACCGUGCCAUGUGAAGAGGAGGUGAUCAUGGGACUUUUGGAGUAUUCAGAAUUGGUGCAUAUGGAAAAGCAGAAGGGAAAUUUGUAUUUUGAUGCAGAGGUUUACACAAAGUACUUAAAUAAUGGCAUUCCUUACCAAAAAAGUGAAUUGUACUGGCACUGCCUGUAUAAUACAUAUUUGAGCUUGCUGUUUAACCGCGAUAUUGGUAUUGGAGGAAGAAUAGACUAUUUUGUAGAAGCAAUUACACAGGAAGAAAGCGAUGUAAAUUCUGGUAUAAACAGUUUCUUUUUAGACACUUUUAUCCAAGACAGGUCAUCAAAUAUGGCCCAGCUAUUUAUACAGCUUGCAUACUGGAUAGAAAAAAAUAAUCUGGACAAGAACAAUUACAUAGUUCGCUUUUUAGAGAAUGGAUUAAGAACCAUAAACUUUGACGAAAAGGAGGUUGGAUGGUAA